CCAUAACCUCGACAGCUGAAGAGAAGAAGAAGAAGAGCACGAUGAUGCUGCUGCAGCGCGUGGUGGGUGGCGUGGGUGCAACAGCAGUGGCGAUGGGCAGCAGAGCGAUGGCGACGCUUGCUGUUCGUGGUGGUGGUGGUGUUGCUGGUGCUAUGUCCAGGGCGUAUGCGUGCCGUUUGUGCUCGACAACCACAGCGUCCCGGCUGCGUGUGCAGCCCCGCCAACUGCAGCAGGGACAGCGUGCGGUGCCAGUGCUGCAUGCGCAGACUGUGCGGUGGGCAUCCGACACAACCAGCAGUGGCGCGACAUCGGCAGCGGCAGAUGAAGCGUUUGUCAUGCCGGAGGGCCUGAAGAAGUUUUUUCCAGAGGGCGCUGCCUGGGAUGAAGUGGACGUUGGCCGUCGGUGGAAGACUCGUGAACUACGCGUGAAGAGCAACGAAGACCUCCACAAGCUCUGGUACAUUUUGUUGAUUGAGCGCAACAAGCUGCUCACCGUCAAGUUGGAAGCAAGGCGGAUUGGCGAAGAGAUGCCGGGACCCCUCCGCCUCAAGAAGGUGAAGCAGGCCAUGGACUCGAUCCAGCUCGUCCUUCGCGAGCGGGUAAGCGCGCAGGCACACAAAUUCAAGAACUGA